GAUGUUUGCCAGCAGGCACCAGCGAAUGAUGACCAGGUUAAAACCUUGCUGAAACAUAGUUUACUCAGAUAUUACGUACCAAGAACAAAGUUCAUCUGCCAGAGCUGCCUUAUCGCCAUCCAUGUGUGGUGAAAUCACGGCCAGAACAUUAGUCGCGCAUAGGUCGCGGUAGAAGAACGUAGCCAUUACCCAACGAAAAAAACAAAUCUUACGUCAAAAUGAAGGUGUCAAGGAGUCUUCGCCUGCUGAAGCUGCUCCCGAAUGUCCGGAACGCCAGCAGUGGACCCACCAGACCCCUGAAGAUCGUCACCAAGCAUUUCGACGAAAUUAGCAUACCCGUUCCAUGGGGACACUUAGCGGGAAAAUGGUAUGGACCCAAGCACGUGAGGCCCAUUGUGGGCAUGCACGGCUGGCAGGACAAUGCCGGGACCUUCGACACUUUGGCUCCGCUCCUGCCGUCGCAUCUCUCCUUCCUUUCAAUCGAUGCCCCGGGACAUGGACUCUCCUCGUGGCUGCCAGCUGGCUCUUCCUACCACUCCAUCGACCUUGUGCUGAUCACUCGACGCCUAAUGGACGAGUACAAUUGGGACAAGAUCUCCAUACUGGCCCACUCGAUGAGCUCCAUCAAUGGCUUUGUGUUCAGUGCUCUGUUUCCCGAUAAAGUGGAUCUGUUUGUGGGCCUGGAUGUACUUAAACCGCCCGUUCGGAGUUCCCGCAGUAUUGUGGAUGCCCUGGCCGAACGAAUUGAGUCCACCUUGAAGCUGGAACGCCGCCUUAAGAGUGGCUCAGAGCCACCCUCCUACGAGUGGGAUCAGUUGGUGACUCGGCUGCACGAGGGCUCAAACAAAUCCGUAUCUCUGGAUGCCUGCAAGUAUCUCCUGCAACGGAACUGCAGACCCUCGACGCACGAGCCGCACAAGUAUUACUUCUCACGCGACAACCGACUUAAGUCUUCGCUAUUCUACACGCUGCACCAGGAGGUUCCCAUGGAGAUGGCGCGCAGGAUCAAGUGCCCGCAUCUGUUCAUCAAGGCCCUGCAGGCUCCUUACUACGAGCGCAAGGAGUACUUUGACGAAGUAUUGGCGGAGCUGCAAAAGAAUCCCCUGUUCGAGUUCCACGAGGUUGAAGGAACCCACCAUGUGCACCUUAACGAGCCGGAAAAGGUGGCGCCCAUCAUUAACUCAUUUAUCAACAAGUAUCGGCCCUUAUGAGAUCGGCUUUCCAUCGACCUGGACAUAUAGGCAUUGUACAAACUAGUUGAUCGGUAGACUACUCCUAGUGAUAAAUUUCCCCCUGACGCGGAUUGAUGAUAUUGACUGGAUAUUAGACGCAAAUCAAUCUCAACAGUAGAAAAUACCCAAACAAAGCACAUUUGGUUGCUUCUAUUUAAUUUAUUAUGUACAAUCGAUACCGGCAAUAACAUUAAAGUUAAACACUACAUUACAAACUUCAAAA